GGCAUCAAUGAAGUGAGUUUUCCAUCUCUGCGGUAUUGUGUUUCCCGUGGCUUUUCCGUGGUACUCGCCGGAAUACAGAGAGAAAAUAGUGUAAAUUUGAUUGAGGGGGUGUCACUUGAAGGAUGUCACAGUGCAACGCCACGGCAGCAUCUCUUGGGGCGCCGCCAAGACGCUUCAGGGGUGAGACUGCACCGCCCCAAGUAUCUCAAAUGCAAGCUCCGGACGCAAAUGGACCAAUUUCGGGUGGUGGCGUCGGGACUUCGCAGUCUGCCCGCUUUGGGGAAGCGGAAUGGGAGACGAAGGAGUUGCAGAGGCAGCGAGAAUUGGAGGAGGCGCGCGCUCGGGCGAGUCAGAUGGAGAAGACGAUGAAGUGGUGGUCAGACUGCACGGCGAACUGGAGGGAGAAGUGGAGCAAGGUGCGCACGGAAAGGAACAAGGCACGGGAUGAGGCGAAGCAGUUGCGAUCGAGUCUCGAAGCGGCCAUUAAGGAGUCCAAUUCGUACAAGAGGGAGAAGUCUGAACUCGAGACGCAAAUCAGUCAGCUAAAGAAGGAGAUGGAGAGGAUUCACGCACUCCUUAUGAAGCAUGCCGGGCAAUUUGAUAAGAAUGGCCUCGAGGCGGUCGACGAACCGGAUCGUAUUGGCCGUGACAACGACAGUCCGGAUGUGUCCUCAGAUGGGCUGAAGAAUGUGAACAGUGAGGACGGUUUGGUAAUCAAAAAUGAUCGUAGUCAGAGUAGAGACUCAGAUAUUGAGGGAUGUAUGUUGCAGGGCGCCGUUUCGAAGCUUGUGGACCAAGGAGAAUAUGAUGAUCCCAGCAGCACAGAAGAGCGUCGAUUGAUUCAGCAACUGUCCAAGGAGGAACAUGACGAAGAAGAGUAUCUUCAACAGAAAGUGUCUGUGCUCAAGAUGCGUCUCGAUGAAGCAUGCAAAACUCUUGAUCGUGAAAGAGAUGACAAACUUGGAUAUCAGAAGAGCAUCGAGAGACUCUCACUAGAGAUUCAGGAUGUGAAGGCAAAGUGUGAGGAAUUGCGCAUAUCGAAGCAGGACGCAGUUAGAGAAUUGUUGACGCUUCAGGAACAGCACAGGGCAGAAGUGAGGAUAUCUCACAAUGCUCUGCAAGAGGAGGUGAAUGCCAGAGAGUCUCUUGAGAGGCGUUUAUGCGAACUUCGUGGCGAACUAGAGCGAUUGCAGACGGAGAAUGCCGUUGAGUGGGGCAAAAGAGAGCGUCUUGACACGGAGAAAUUGAUCCUUGAGAGGGACAACAAGAGACUGCGUGGAGAACUGAGAGACUUUCAGGAGCGCGUUGAUCGUCGCACAAGACCAGCACUGCCCUCAGGUGAUCUCGAAGUGAGAAAUUUACAGCAAGAACUUGCAGAGAAGAAUAAGGAAAUCUCCGAAUUAAGGCACUCACACGGGAAAUUGAAGAAGUUACUGGCUGAAAGCAACACGGAGCUUGGUCAUGCCGGUCGUCGUGCUGAGCAAUAUGAGGGUGAAGUAAAACGUCUGCGAGCGCGUGUUGAAGAGCUGAAACGCGAAUUGUUUGGCGUAGAUAAAGUGGGAAAAACCUCUUUGAGGUCAUUCCGACCGCUGUCCUUUGGCCUCGGCGACGAUGCUGACUGUGAGAGAGGACCAAACGGAGAAGGAGUUCGUCUGGAUGAUGAUCUACACGAGACUUGUAGUCAUGUAAAACGACAUCAGAGAGGGAAUGACGAUCAGCAUGUUAACAGACAUUCAAGCAGUCCCAAACAGCAAUCAUACUAUGAUUCGUCAUAUAAACCGAAUAUAAAUGACUUGAGGCAACUGUUUGAUGAUACUAAACGCAAAAGCGAUUCGCGUGGGUAUUUUCCGGGGAAGAGUCAACCCCAUUCGAUGUAUUAUGAUGAAGGUGUGUUUGAGGGGCGUCAACAGAGGAGCAAUAUGUUUGAUUUUGAGAGGGCAAAGCAGAAAUUCGAUAAGAAUGAGAAGAAGAUGUCAGGAAAGGGUGGUGGGAAGAAGAUUACAGAGUCGUGUAGCACGGAAUUGGGCAUAUCUAAGCAAAAUUUCAAUGAAACGGUUCAAUUCUUUGAUGAGAACAUGCGUAAGAAGGAUGCUUACAUGAAAACGAGUCUCAAUCUCGAUGGAUUGAAAGUGUCUGACGAUGAAACUCCAUAGUUGUGAGCAGAGAUCAGCUCAUCUGACAACUGAGAGGAUAGACGAUUGAUAUAGACACCAAA